AUGGAUAACACGUCGUUUUCAGCAACGGAAGCUUGCACCGCAAGCCCACUGCGCAUCGAGAUUGAUAUGGCGCCGCGGGAGUCACUCGAACUGGACUUUAGUGCUCUCGACGUGUAUCUUCGGGAGUAUAGUCCAAGGGGACUGCUUGACGGAUUCAACCAUCCCUUAUCGUCCGAUACAAGCUCAAUUACUAGCGGCAACUACAGCAAUUCGACCGCAGCUGAUCAGAGCAGCAACGAAAGUGGAUCUGAUGUCGACAUGAUUGAGGACGAAGUGCUCCAUAUCUCAAGAAAGAGCAAGGGUGCCAAAGCUUAUCGCAACAAACGGAAAGACGAGAUUGCGUACCUGCGCGACGAAGUUCAAGGCUUACAGGCUGAACUGAAAGCGCUCCAGUUCCGAUCGACUCGCACGAGAAACAAGAGAACUAGCGAUUCGACAGCACUGGUAUCUUCGCGAACACAGCAACUGUGGAAGCAAGUCGCACGUUCCCAGCUCGAUCGACUCCACAGAUCGGAGGCUGAAAACGCGACUUUGAGAGAAAUGGUGGCAGUUCAAGUUCUCGAAGCCAAGAAUUUGCGUCGCAUUCUGAGGCGUCGAGCAAGGAUUGAGAUGAUGCAAGAGAUGUUCGGUGCUAAAGGACUCAAAAGUCUGCAGAAAGAUACCGCAAGUAAUGACUCGCGUGUUUUCCAGACCUUGCUGCAUGAUGUCGACGAGAUGUUCGUUGAGAUCGACAAUCUAUUCGCUACGAAGGGUAUGGAUCAACUGCCAUGCAGUGGCUUCUCCCGCGAGACGAACCUGGAGAUUGCCAACGGGGUCUUCUAUGAGAUGCGUCAGAAGCGAGAGCUUCCGUUCGACAUGCAAUCUACGGCGAACGCUGUAUGGGAAUGUUUCCGUCUACUUGGGUUGGCCAACUUGCAAGGCGUUGGAAGCUCAAGUGCAGUUUUUAACGUCCACCCAAACAUCAUGGAAGAAGAUGGAGACACGAUACGGAGCAGCUUCUUCGCCGUGAUUUCUGGUGUCGGUGAUUUAGAAGGGACUUACAACGAAAAGGUAGUGCGUCGAUACAAGGAUUCUCAUCGCUCAGUUUUCAUUUGCCGGGUGGUAUCAAAACCGAAGUUUAAACAUGGCAAUCGAGGAGCCCCGACAACUUCCAGUGCGCAGGUUGUUCUAGAAGAGUCAGCAGACGACGUCAACACGACCGUGAUGAAGGUGUAUUUCAGCGCUGAGAGAGAGACACCAGCCGCGAAAGACGACCCAGCGACCGUCUUGGCGUUCGCUGCGUGGGACGAGCUGGUGCCUCGAAUUCCUGUUGACAUUGAGACGAUUCUGCUGGAUAAUAUCUGCAGAGCUUCUGCAACCCCAGCAUAAUAACCCGCGGCAUUCUCAUUUACUGUCCACAACGAACAACUUGCCUUUGAAGCACACGCUAGUAAUAUCCAUGAUACUGUUGCUCGCUUCACAUUAGGAUACUAAAAGUGGCCAGGCA